GGUUAGCGCGGCGGCGUUUUCUCUUUCUCUGUUCGUGUCUGUCGUCCACUGCUCUCCCGCCGUCGGUCGGGGUCAGGUGAGGUGAGGGAGAAAAAAAACUUGAGCGUCGCUGGAAAAUGCUACAAAACCGGCCGUUGGAAGAAUAACCGCGGGACUGGCGGCGGCGCCACUCAAUCACCGACUGACCCAGGGAGUGAGUGAGUGAGGAGAAGCCGGACUGCAGGCGGGAGCGAGGCACCGAGCCCACCGAACGGCUCUUUUUAUCUCCCUCUCUCCUCCCGCCCGCUGUCGGUCCACAUGUAUUCCUCGACGCUGACCCGCAGACCCUCCAUGGCGGCGGCCGUGCUGUCCGCGCUCCUCGCUCGAGUUUGUUAUGUCCAAGCCAUCAUCAUCUUCACCAAAGAGCCGUAUUCCCAGGACGCUUUGCAUGGACGCAGUGCCAUUCUCCGCUGCGAAGUGGAGAACCCACAGAACAUAGAGUUUGAGUGGCUGCUGAACGGGAAGCCAGUGGAUGUCUCAGAGAGGCGCUUUGUAGAGGGCAGCAAUCUGCAGUUCACAGCGGUGGAACGGAAGGAAGACAGUGGUGGCUUUCAGUGCAUAGCGCACAACACGGUCACUGGAGAGGAGGCUCAAACAGCCGAAGCAUCCUUUAAUAUCAAAUGGAUAGAAACUGGAGGAGUAGUACUGAGAAAUCCAGCUAGUGUGUCUGAAAUCCAAACAUCGGCUCCAGUCACCCUCCGCUGUCAUAUCGAUGGCCACCCACGUCCCACAUGGCAGUGGUUCCGAGAUGACAGCCAGUUAACAGACACAAGCCAUUACACAUUCAACAACAAGGAGCGCAGCCUGACUCUUAAAAGUGCGAGUCCCGACGAUAACGGUGUUUACUAUUGCUGUGCACGCAAUGCAGUUGGGAAAGUCUGCAGCAAUAAUAAUUUCACCCUCACAAUCAUUGAUGCCAGUUUUCCACAGCCUGUGAUCCGUCCCCAGGAUCAGAUUGUAAAUAAGAAGGAUGAUGCCAUUUUUCAUUGUCAGUUCACAGCCACACCUAUGCCAGUACAGGAAUGGCUAUUUGAUGACGUGGUUAUCAAUAACUCCUCAAGGAGUGUUGUACUUGCCAAUGGCUCCCUGAUGCUUACCAAUGUUAAACCUCGAAGCUUUGGUGUUUACAAAUGUGUUGGCCGGGGUCCGAGAGGAAAGCCCGCUGUGCUGGAGGCUUCACUGCGCCUAGCAGAAAUUGAAGAUAUGCUGGCGUUCAGUCCGAAAGUCUUUAUUGCAGACACUGUUCAGAGUGUGACGUGCCUGCCCCCAAAGGGUCUGCCACUGCCCACAGUCUUGUGGUAUCGGGGCAGCUCGCAGGUGGGAGCUGAGGGUCGGGUCUAUCAGGCCGGGAACGAUCUUGUGUUCAACAGGACAGCAGAAGAUGAUUCCCGGGUUUACACGUGUCAUGCGAAGAACAAAGCAGGGGAGAAGAUUCAGGAGCUGAGCAUCACUGUAGCAACAUUUCCAGAAUGGGUGGACAAGCCAAAAGACAGCCAGUUGGAGGAAGGGAAGCCAGGAUUUCUCCAUUGCAGUACUCAGGCCUCCCCGACUCCCACCGUGACUUGGUUUCGAAACAACGUGGACAUCUCUGGUGACAGUCGGUUUGAGGAGUUUGACAAUGGAUCUCUGCGCAUUAAUAAUGUAGAGGUGUACGAUGGAACCGUGUAUAAAUGUCAGAGCAGCACCCCAGCCGGCUUCAUCGAGGGAUACGCACGUGUGCAGGUACUAGAAAACCUGAAGUUCACCCCUCCCCCACAACCCCAGCAGUGUAUGGAGCUGGAUAAGGACAUAACCAUCCAGUGCUCUGCCACUGGCCGUGAGAAACCCACCGUCAGAUGGGUGAAAACUGAUGGAACUGCCCUGGCUCCUCACAUUUCCCAGGAAAGUGGCGCACUUAAUUUUAUCAAGGUGACCAAGAAAGAUGCGGGGAAGUACACCUGCAUUGCAUCGAAUAGUCAGCAGGGGGAGAUCAAGGCUAAUGUACGUCUCAUUGUCACAGUUUUACCAAAGUUUAAGAUUGAGCCGGAAGCCACCAGUGUUUACCAAGGGUACACUGCGAUUCUGCACUGUCAAGCCACUGGAGAGCCCCAACCCAACAUUCACUGGAAAGUGAAGAACAGGAUCCUGGACACUAGAAAGAACACACAGAGCAGGAUCCAGAAGCUAUCAAAUGGCUCCGUGGUGAUCUAUAAUGUCAGGACAGAUGACAGUGGGAAGUACACGUGUAUCGCUGGCAACAACUGCAACAUCCAGCACAGAGAUGCACACCUUUAUGUUGUCGAUAAGCCGCUCGAGCCCGGUGAGGACGAGAACCCUCCUACUCCGUACAAAAUGAUCCAGACCAUUGGGCUGUCUGUGGGAGCUGCCGUGGCUUAUAUCAUCAUUGUGCUGGGCCUCAUGUUCUACUGCAAGAAGAGGCGCAAGGCAAAGAGACUGCACAAAACACCAGAGGGCGAGGAGCCGGAAAUGGAAGUCUUGAACGGUGGGGCAAUGCAGAAUGGUCAGCUGACUGCCGAGAUUCAAGAGGAGGCAUCUGUCAACAACAUCAGUUUAUCGACUGUCAUGCCCAACAAACGCCACAGCAUGCACGAUAAACUGCACUUCCCUCGCACAAACCUACAGACAAUUACAACCCUUGGAAAGGGCGAGUACGGGGAGGUGUUCUUAGCUAAAGCCAAAGGGAUUGACAAGGGGGAUAUAGAAACCGUGGUGCUGGUGAAGAAUCUGACCACCCGGGAUGAGCAACUCCAACUGGAAUUUCGCCGGGAAUUCGAGAUGUUUAGUAAAAUGAAUCACAAUAACGUGGUGCGGUUACUAGGCCUGUGCCGCGAGGCGGAGCCACAUUACAUGAUCACCGAAUACGUCGAUCUGGGAGACCUGAAACAGUAUCUCCGGAUUUCAAAAGGCAAAGAGGAGAAAAUCAAACCUCAGUCUCUGAGUACCAAGCAGAAGGUAUCUAUUUGCACACAGGUAGCGCUAGGAAUGGAGCACUUGUCGAACCAUCGCUUUGUACACAAGGACCUGGCUGCUCGCAACUGCCUGAUUAGUGCCCAGCGACAGGUCAAAGUAGCAGCACUUGGUCUGAGCAAGGACGUGUAUAAUAGUGAGUACUACCAUUUCCGUCAAGCAUGGAUUCCACUGCGCUGGAUGCCAGCCGAAGCCGUAUUUGAGGACGAUUUCUCCACCAAGUCUGACGUGUGGUCUUUCGGGGUCCUGAUGUGGGAGGUCUUCUCACAGGGAGAGUUGCCAUUCUCCAAACAAAGCGAUGAUGAAGUAUUAACAGGUGUGAAGAACUAUCAAAUCAAACUGCUUUCACCCGAGGGCUGCCCAUCCAAACUCUACAAACUGAUGCAGCGCUGCUGGGCAACAAGCCUUAAGGACCGUCCCUCUUUUAGUGAGAUCGCUAACACACUUGGCGAGCUUCCCGCCGACAGCAAGGUCUGAGGAAGACCAGCAUCGCAGUGACUGUUCCCAGAAUCAUGUACAGUGUUGACAUAAAGCAGACCAGCAACCCACCUGGAGCGGUCUAUUGUGUCUGAUGUUUUGUAUUGCAAUUGUUUUUUUUAUUUUACACAAAUAAUCAUCCUCCCUUUUUGCUUCCUGUAAGCCCCCUGAUUUCCCCCCCAAAGAAAUUCCAGGGACCUUUGCCUUAAGCUCAGUACUAUGGAGCACCAUUCUCAAGGGCUUUAUGUACCAGUAUCAUUGUGUACAUUCCUGCAUGGAGCGUUUUUUAAGUUUGACCUGUACAGGAGUUUGGAAGCUACCUCCAAACCCAGUGUCUUCAAUAGACGAGGAGUGACGAACUGACACAACUGAUGGAGCAAUAAUAGUCCAAGAACAGUAAUAGAAUCACACUACGUACUACAUCUCAUCCGGAAGCCGCUAAAGAACCGACUCCUCUGUAAUGAAUGGUCAAGUAGCUGGGUGACGGACUUUUUUUUCUGCUUCAGCACGCUGAGGAUCAAGCACAAUAAAGGUCUUUUUUUAAAAAGCAAAUCUCACCACAGAGAGAGAGUGAGAGGCGUGAGUUAAGAUGGUGAAGAUUGCAAGGCCCAGAGCUGUCGUUGGAUGAUGCAUUUAUCUCCCAGGACCUCUGAGCUGCAGUACAGACCCAGGGGGUUGUACAUACUGUAGAAAUCACAAGCUAACUAUACUAAGCUCUUCAAUGUAGAAGGAAGCUGAGAAUCCUGUCUAUUUAUUUGAGUAGGUUCUCGAUUAUGUGUCUUUCCAUAACAGUACUGUUUUGCUUUUCUUUGUUUUAUUUUAUGUAAGUUAGGCCUUAAACAUAUCUUUUUACAGUAAAACGUAAAACACUAUCUAAAGCCAGGGGUUAACCUGGCCAACGCUUAGGCCUUGUGUAAUGAACUAAGUGCCUGGUGUAUGAAGGAAUUUCUGUGGAUUUCAAUAAUGUUAUAAACUGCAAACUUUCUUUUUUUAUAAUUCUUUUUAAGACAACUUUUUUUAUAUUUUACGUUUUUCUAAUUUUUUUUAUAAAGUGGAAAAAAAAACUGGCUGCAAUGAUUAGUCAUUUUUUUAUUUUGACUAGAGAGCUCGUGUAGUUCCCACGCGGUGUCUGCCGAUGGUUUCAUAUCCAAGAUUUUUUUAAAAAUGUGCUGCUGUCAAUAAAGUUCACAUUUUCGGUA